UCCUUUGAAGUGCGCAGCUCCAGCCUCGCGCUUCAGUUGGUGUUGGAGUCGCCUACAGGAGAGGAGAGACCUACUGAGCGGCAUGGCAGCCUGAAAGCACAGGGAGGAGAAGAAGCGAGAUUUUUUUUCUCUCCUUUUCUCAGAACCGAACCGACUGUAUUUGGACGCGUUUAUUUUUUAUUAUUAUUAAUUUGUGGGGAAACCAGAAAUGUGGAUUAUAUGCGCCUUUUGUGGAUAAAACGCAGAGUUUACGCCGAGGAACAAACUCGUGGAUCGAUGAGAGAAGACGGGCAGCUCAGAGAGAACCAGCCCCCCCGCUGACAUAAAGAGAGUGAGGAGAUUACAGUAGAAGGAGCUCAGAGGGAGGCGAACAGCGCACGAGCUCCUCUCUCCUCCUCCUCCUCCUGCUGCCUGCAGAGCCAUGAGCCGGGCGCUCAUGGACCACACCGCCACGACCAGUUUCCGUGAAGAUGCCCCUCGACCCCCGGUGCCCGGGGAGGAGGGCGAGGCGCCCAGCUACCCCUGCAAACUCGCAGUGAUGAAACCCCUGGAGCCCAGCGAGCCCGUUCCGCUCGGCUCUCCGGGCUCCUCGGCGCGGAGGAACGAGGAGCCGGAGGGGAGCGCCUCCCCGGACUCGCCGCUGUCCCGGUGGACCAAGUCUCUGCACGCGCUCGUUGGGGACCAGGACGGCGCCCUGCUGUUCAGGACCUUCUUGGAGCGGGAGAAAUGCGGCGACGCGCUGGACUUUUGGUUCGCUUGCAACGGCUUCAGGCAGAUGGACCUGAAGGACAGCAAAACGCAGAGGGUCGCCAAAGCCAUUUACAAGCGCUACAUCGAGAACAACAGCGUGGUCGCCCAGCAGCUGAAGCCGGCCACCAAGACCUUCAUUCGGGAUAACAUCAAGAGGCAGCACAUAGACUCUGCCAUGUUCGACCAGGCGCAGACGGAGAUCCAAACCAACAUGGAGGAGAAGGAGUACCAGAUGUUCCUGACCUCUGACAUUUACCUGCAGUACGUCAGGACCGGGGGAGAGAACCCGGCUCACGUCAGCUCGGGCUCUUUGGGGAGCCUGAAAGUUGUCUGUGGAUACCUGCCCACUCUCAACGAAGGGGAGGAGUGGAGCUGCGACCUCCGAGCCAAAGCUCUGCUUGGACUGAAGAGCCAGAGGGCCCCCAUGUCCCUGAGAGCUGUGGAGAUGGUGGAGAGGGGCUACAGAUCGUGCAAGAGAGGAGACUCACUGAAGCCCUGCCAUGUGGGCUCGUUGGCCCCCGUCAGCAGCACCAACGACAGCGAGGUGUCCAGUGACGCGCUGACAGACGACGCCAUGUCUGUGACUGACAGCAGCGUAGAUGGCAUUCCUCCAUAUAAACUGGGCUCCAAGAAGCAGCUUCAGAGAGAGAUGCAGCGCAACAUGAAGAUGAACAGCCAAGUUGCUCUGCCUCCCUUUCCUCGUACGCAUCGUCCUCCAAAGGAGAUGGUCCCGAUGGAGCCGGCAGCAUUCGCAGCCCAGCUGAUCUCACGUCUGGAGAACCUGAAGAGGGAGCAGGACACCAUCAGCUCUCUGGAGGAGAGGCUGCAGCAGAUUCAGGAGGAGGAGGAAAGAGAGGACGCAGACAUGAAUGGAAGUGCUCCCCAGCUCUCCCCCCAUCCUUUAACCCUCCUCUCUGGCUCCUCUGACGAGGAUCCACAGGCCAUCUUGGAUGAGCACCUUUCUCGGGUCUUGAAGACCCCCGGCUGCCAGUCUCCCACUGUGAUCCGGCACUCCCCUCGCUCCAGCUCUCCAGAGCACCAACUGUUUACAUGCACAGGCUUUGGAGUCCAGACCCUGGGCAGGACCGGGACACCUAGUUCCUCCGUCUCCAGUCCGGACCAGGGGGCGUUCACUCUGGCCUUGGGCCCCAGCCACACCCUCGUAAGCCGGCAGAGCACAAAACACAUCCACCACCACUACAUUCACCACCACGCAAGCCCCAAGCCUAAAGAGCAGAUCGAAAGGGAGGCGGCCCUCAGGGUGCACGGCGUGUGCUCCAGCGGUGGAAGAUGCCAGUCCUGCCAGGCAUACCCCCGCAGUCGCAGCCUGGGCAGAGAGAUGUGCGGGGCGGUCUCCUUAGAAAACAACAUGGGUCGUUCCAGCUCUUUGUCGAGGCGCGUGUGUCGCUCAGGAGCCGAGGACGGGGUCGCAGACAGGUGUACGGAGGACUGCGGGGGCCUGCAGCUGCCCAAUGACACGACAGACCCCGCCCAGAACGUGCUGCAGUGGAUCUUGGAAAGCAAACGCCAGGGCAGACACAAGGCCAGCAGCACCCAGAACACCAAGAAACCCUUCGCGGGCUCGUCGGCUCAGACGCACACGUGGGGAGGUGGUGGAAGCUGUGGCCACCUGCGCAGCCACCAGCCAGCGCAGCCGUUCAUCCAGGACCCCGCCAUGCCUCCUCUCCCUCCCCCCAACACGCUGGCACAGCUGGAGGAGGCUUGCCGCAGACUGGAGGAAGUCUCCACCAAACCCACCAAGCAAAGGCAUUCAUUAUCUAAUCUCCAGCGCGAGAAGACCCACCAAGUGUCUGUCCAGGGUGGAAGCGCCGUCCCGUUGUCUCUUACCAGUCCCAUCACAGCUGCUGCCCUCAUCACAACCAGUACUAGUCUCCAGUCAGAAGAGUUUAAGAAAAGUCUUGGGAGCCAAGUUGGCUGCAGCGGGGAGACGGUGGUGACGUACUUCUUCUGCGGCGAGGAGAUUCCUUACCGGAGGACCAUGAAGAGUCACAGCCUCACUUUGGGUCACUUCAAAGAGCAGCUCCGCAAGAAAGGCAACUACAGGUACUACUUCAAGAAAGCCAGCGACGAGUUCGAGUGCGGCGCCGUGUUCGAGGAGGUGUCAGACGACGGCUCCUUGUUGCCCACGUACGAGGGCAAGAUCCUGGGGAAGGUGGAGAGGAUGGAGUGACUCGCUGUUGUGGAUAAGCUCCUCCUCCCUGCAGACGCCUCGCGAGGCCUUUAUGGAUGUCCUUCGUUGAAGCUAAGUCUGUCGGACUGAAGAUGUGGAAGGAAGGUCGAGGUUCGGCAGAUGGACUCUUUGGAACGCAGAGAAGAGAACCAAGGAUAUUUACUGGACGUUGGAGAGAACAGCUGCCUUGAGUUGAAGAAAACAAGGACUGUGUGUGUAUGUGUGUGUGUCGGACAGACUUUAGGUGAUUGACCACUUGUCAGGGAAGCACUGGGCUUAAUCUAAGGAGCUGACCUGAACCCUGCCUGUGCCGGUGUCCGCUCAUGAGCAAACAUUUACAUUGUUUUGCAUCGUAUGGGAUGUGUGUAAAGAUUUCUAUUGCUAUUUAUUGGAAAUUUCCCAGAUUUCAUCAGUUUUCCACUUCCAAAAUCCUUCCCUUCCGAGUCCCGUCAGAAACGAAAGCUGUUUUUUUUUUUUUUUUUUUUUUUUUUUUUUUCUGUUCAGCCCUUUUCUUGAACCAGUAAAAAUGCCUCUGUAACAACUGAUCUCUUUGCUGGAUGACGCUUGAAGAAACGGCUCUCAGACUUAAAAGUUCGAUCAUAUAUUUACUACUGCGGCGCUAUUUGUGGAUGUUUUCCUAUCUGCUCUGAAGGGCUCUCAGUGCGUUAGGGAAAACAAGCUAAAAUGCUAUUAAUGUUUAAUCCCCCCUCUCUAGGAUUCUGCCCAGCUAGCCUUGAUCAGUUAGUGCCUUUGUUUCUGUGGCGCAGGCAUCGCACAAAUAACCUACAUGUGUAGGAAACUGCUCCGAAACAGGUCCCCAACAAUGUGUUUACACCCAUAUGAAUAUUUUCCAACAGAAAGCUCUAUCGUGUUUCCUCAGUGUGUGUGUAUGUGUGUGUGUGUGUGUGUGUGAAUCCUGCACUCUGAGCUGCAGAUCUAGAUGGUUAUAUACACUAUGUUCAUAGUGUUUUCACUUGAGUACAGUAGCUGUGCCUACAUGGAUUCUUCCCGUGUUUUUACCCAGUUUUCAGGGUAUUUUUAAUCCCUUGGUUUUCACAAGGGGCUUUAUGUUCAAAAAGAUAUUUUUUAUGGCUUUCUAGUAUUCAUCAUGUUUAUUUGAUAUUUUUCAUGGCUUUUUUUUUUUUGUUCCACAUGUAAAACUGUAAAUUAUGCGUUCUAUAGAGCUCCGUUGAAAAGAUGCCUCGGUACUUUAAUUAUUGUAAUUAUAAAGAGAUGUAGCCUUUAUUAAAAUGUUCUAUUUUUCAAAUUA